GACGGUCCUUUGCCGGCUUGGUUGCGGUGCAGCCCUGUGUGCGUCUGGCUCUGGGCCUCGCAGGUCUCCUCCAUGCCUCUUCGGGGGGCGACCGCCGGGCUGGGAUAUUUCUUUCUCGGCACCGUUCUCCGGCUUUGCCCUCUGUCUCCUUCGCAAUCGCCCUCUUGGACACUUCUGGCCGGCGCGCUCCUGUCGGUUCUGCUUUUUUGGUCGGUCGCCUCCCACGGUCCUGGCUGCAGCCGAGUCCAGGCACUCUCCCAGGCACCUUUGGCCAAGUAACGGCCUCGUCCGCAUCCGCCUCUGCUCUUUGGGCAACUGCCAUCCCUCGCCCUCCACUGCCAUCCAUCGCCCUCCACUGCCAUCCCUCGCCCUCCACUGCCAUCCAUCGCCCUCCACUGCCAUCCAUCACCCUCUCCACAGACCCGUCUCCCAUCCGCAAUCGUAGAACAUCAUGGGCAAGUACUACAAGUGUCGCCCGCGACAGAACCCGCCCAAGAGCUAUUCAUGGGCACCCCCCACAACAGCAGCAACAUGGCAGCCCUCGGCCACAUCAUUGCCAUGGCAGCCCUCGGCAACUGUCUCUUGGUCGGCCACUGCGGGGCCUCCUUCGCUGACAGCGACAUCCGGCGGCUCUGUCGUCCCAACUGCAGCCAGUGCGCCAAUCGCUUCAGGAACCUCGGGAGCGACUACAGUUGGGCAGACGACUCUGGGACUCGCCAGCUCCACCCAAGUCUCUGCCCAGCCCACCCUCAGCCCGUCCACAAUCUCCAGCAUCACCCAAGUCAUCCAGUUGGCGUCUUCAACUCCUCCUCAAGUCACACCCACAUCUUCGGUCGGCGCCAACGGAACUGCCGCCAAUGGCACAGUCUUCACCGCCAGCAGCGGUCCGCCGCCGCUGACCAUCAUCCUCUCAUCCGUCGGAGGUGCCCUAGUACUUGCCUUGGUCGCCAUAGGCUCCAUUCUCUUUGUUCGGCGCCGCAGAAAGAAGCAGCAGACCCAGAGCGUCCGAUUCGAGCCCGGCUAUCCACCCUUCACCAAUCCCUACAAAAGCGUCGGGCGGGUCGAUGAGAACACGGGCAAUGGCUAUCGCAGUAGCUCUGCCCCGCGCCUGAAUGAAGUUGUUCAGGACUACCGAUACAGCCUGUACUCUGCCGUGAACAAUGCCGGGGCCGGGGCCGCCAUGGUCGCUACAACUUCCUCCGGCGCUGCUGCAGGUGCAUCGUCGUCGUUCUCGUCGUCGUCGCCCAUGUCUUCGUCCCCGUCCUCGUCCCAGAACCCUUGGCAAAAGUCGCCGCAGAACAUCAGCAUCCCCAUCAAAACCGAGAUCCCGGGCAAAAUCGGCACACCCGUCUCCCGUCCAAAGAACUCGUCGCCGCUCGCAGGCAAUUCGUCGCCUCUCACAAAGUUCUCUCGCCCGCCGCCUGCCACUUCCUCGCUCGCCGUCGCCGGCAGCUCUGGCCAGGGAUCGUCUCGCAACUCCUUCACAUCGCCCUUCCGCGUGCGUCCUGGCUCUGGCGCGAACACCCGAGUUGACGAAACCGACAUCAUGGACGUUAUGAUGCAGGACAACUCGCGCUCUGGCCAAGUGGUCGUUCAAGAAACCGUCAUGUACUCUACUCAGACGGAGCAGUCUCGCCUGCAGACCGACCAAUCCCGCCUGCAAACCAAAGAUGCAGCCUCGACGGUCUCGUUCCUCAAAGAAGAUGUCCAAUCGAGCGUCGUGGCCGAGAGCCUCGUCUCCCAAACCACCGCCGAGAGCCAGGUUCGCAUGUAUACGGCUGUAUCCGGAUGGAUUCCACAGGCUUUUGACGAGCUCAAGGUGUUCCCGGGCGAUGCCAUUCAAGUCAUUUAUGUCUAUGACGAUGGCUGGUGUAUCGGAAAGAACGUCAGGUCAGGCGAGGAAGGCGUCUUCCCCAUGGCCUGUGUCAGCGAUCAGAGGGGAGGCUCGCAGGCGGGCAGCAUCAGCGAUAUUCGAAGCUCGAUUUCUUCUCGAUCCCACAGUAUCUCCCGCAAGACGUAAUUUCUGCAUGCCUGCUGUCCACCUCCACCUCCGCCCCAGCCCCACUGUACUCUACAGCAUUGAUUCUUCAAGCCUCCUGGGCACUGCCCUUGCAUUGUUUUCCAAUAAAGAGACUGCCCUAUUUUUUUUGAGUCUA